AUGACAGCUGAACAAAGACGAUGCUUUGAAGAAAUGGCUAAGCUCGAUCUGGAGAGAUUCAAUCGCGAAAUGGCGCAUUACGUUCCCCCGGCCGGUAUGCGUCGAGGUCGUCGGCGUCGACGUAUUAAAGAUCCGAGCAUGCCAAAACGUUCUUGGUCCGCGUUCUUCUUCUUUUGCGAUGCAUUCCGUUCGAAGAUCCGCAGUGAACAUCCGGACUGGAAAGUAAGCGAUAUCGCGAAGGAAUUGGGCCGUCGAUGGGAGGAGUGUACUGAUAAAGAGAAAUACGAACGACACGCACAAAACGACAAGUUACGCUAUGAACAAGAUAUGCUGAAGUACAAAGCGGGUAUAUAUGUAGCCACGAAGCGCGCGCGAGUGGAAGAUGAAGCUGGUUCAAAUGCCGAUACGUCGGAUCCUUCCGAUGGCAACGCCACCAAGCCGGAGUCCAGUGAACAAACUAGAAAUUGUGAAGAAGAUGAAGAGGAGGAGGAGGAGGAUAUUGAUGACGAAGAACCGGAAGAUGACGAUGAGAACGUCUCACUACUCGAGGACACGAUCGGCGAUGGUCGGGAGUCAAAUAGCCAGGUUAUCGAAUCCGAAUCGGAGCGUUGA